GGCAGCCAAUCAGCGUCCUGGUUUCUCUUCAGCAUCUCGGAUGGGAUUGAAGCAUCGGGCAGAUUGGAGCGCACGCAGCGGGGGAGGAAAGAAAUUUGCCAGGGCUCCUGAUCUACGCGCAAAAUUAGGAUUUUUCUGAAACAGACGCGGAGAACUGGAGGAUUACGUCACCGCCUGAUUGAAACGCAAAAAGAAAAAAUCAGCUACAAGAGCUUCACAGAAGGAAUUAAAUUCCUGCUCAACCAUGGCAGACCAGAAAGACAACAUAGAGGAGUUUAAAGUCCAAACAGCCAAGCACCCGAACAUGAGCUCAGUUGCUUUACGGCCACACAGUGACCAUUCUAGGGACCGGACGUCCAAAAGGCUUUCGACUGAGUCUAAUGGGACUAGUGACGGAGGUAUGGGCUCGUCCACGCCGGUGGAAAUCACUGCUUUGGAAGAGUCGUUUCGGCGCUUCGCCAUCCACGGUGACACCCGUGCUACGGGCAAAGAGAUGCACGGCAAGAACUGGUCCAAACUCUGUAAGGACUGUGGUGUGAUUGAUGGGAAAAACGUGACCCUCACCGAUGUGGACAUAGUUUUCACCAAAGUCAAGAAGAAAUCCUGUCGAACCAUUACGUUUGAUGAAUUCAAAGUGGCGCUAGGAGAGCUGGCUCGGAAGAAAUACAAAGAAAAGAGCGGAGAAGACGCAGAGGCCGAGGUCUUCAAGCUGAUUGAGGGGAAAGGGCCGAUCAUCGCAGGGGUCACGAGAGCCGUGGCCUCGCCAACGGUGAGCCGCCUUACAGACACCACCAAGUUCACAGGGUCCCACAAGGAGCGCUUCGACGAGACCGGCCGAGGAAAGGGGAAGGCUGGCCGGGUGGACAUAGUCGACACUUCAGGAUACGUAUCAGGAUACAAACAUCGAGGGACGUACGAAAAGAAAGUGAACAAACCCACUGAGGGUAGACCCCUGUGAAGUCAAAACAUUUCAUUAUGAGCUAAGAUGAUUUUCUACAGAGUACUCCUAGAAAGCACAACAGAAUACAAGGUCAUACAUUACCCUACAGCUUUAUUUUUAUGUGUAUGUCUGUGUGAGAGAAAUGCUAAAAAAAAUCUUUUAAACUCCUCUCUUUGUGUGAGAACUGGAAAACUGUUUACAUGUAUUUUUUUACUAAGUCAUCACCAGCUGGUACAUUCCUGUCUGAUAGCGAGUUACUGCCAAGAACCAAUGAGAGGAACUGCUAGAGCCUUGCUUUGAAAGGGCCCCAGAAUAUUUAACAAGCACAACAAACAACGCACCAAGAACAGAAACAGAAAAACAAUAUGAUGGGGGGGGG